CGACGCGAUCACUCGUUCUCUUAAACUCUUCUACACUUGAUUUGUCUUGAUUUUGCUUUCUUCUCCAUGAGACUCCACGAAAUCGAACCGCCAUGCGAGAGACAGGUCGAAUCUACACUUGGUUUUCCUUGCUUAUGCUUUCUUUUCCAUGGGAUCGACAUAAGAAGCAGGGUAUAGAAGGCUCACGAAGAAGACGGAUCUGGAAGGGGAAGCUACUUGAUGGACAUGAGCCUGCUCCGUCAUCGAUUAAUCUUCCUGCCGGACCAGUUUGCUUCCUCACCGCCAAAAUGGGAGAUUCGGAUCGAAUGCACCUCCCUUUUGAUUUCAACCCUUAAAUCAAAUGCUUUAUUUCUACCCCCUCCCUCUUUGGUUCCCCCCGUCUCUUCGCAUACCCUAACUAGAAAUGUUGACCAAAUUCAGGGAAUCUAUUUCCACAACUCCCUCUAAUCCCCAACUUGUAUCUCGAUUCAGCUGAAAAUGGUUGUCGAUUUUGAUCGGUGGCUGUUUUCAGGUUGCUAGUGGAUGUACGAUUGGGUGAUGUAUAAGGUUGCCGGCGAUGCCGAAGAGAGGUAGAGUGGUGAAGUGUUCGCCAGAAGGAAACAGAAGCAAUGCUAGCGGGUGGGAGAAGAAGGGGAUGAGCGCAUCGCUGAUGGCGGCAGUGUCAAGGAUUGGAGGUAGGCUUGGCAACGGGGCGGAUCGGGGCCGUGCAGGGCCUAUCCACAACCCGGCCGAAUUGUUAACGGAUUUUCCCCGAAUCCGCCCCAUUACUAAUAUCGGGCUUGUUUUGAGGCCGAAGCUCGAAACCAUCGGGUAACGGGUUUACCCGCUUUUUUUUUUUUUUUGUCAAAAGAUAUCAUAUUGAUCAAAAGAGAUAGUUACAUCCUGGAAACAAGCCAGGCCCGGAAAUCAAAGAAGCGACAAACAGUCGGAUACAAAAGAGAGUUUUUCUAACUACCGAAUGAGCUACCCUUUUGUUCUCCCGACCUACAAAUCGCACACUAAACCCAGAGUGGACGCGCAAACUUUGAUCAAUCUCCUCCAAGACAACACCCAGACGGCUAUCCCUUACCCGCCGCUACUACCAAAAAAACUGAUAAAAACCAACAAAAUACACUAGAAUUGAAACUGAAAACUGCAUAAACCAGGCAUCACCAUUCACCAAAUCAUCAUCCAGACAAAAGAAAACAAGUUCCAAAUUGAAUCCGACAUCCAUAAAGGCAUAUAGCCAUAAACCAAACGAAACCAAACUAGUUCCAAAAUGUUCAAUCUUCAACCAACCAACAAAAUGAGCAAUUUCAUUGCUUCAAACAAAAUGAUCAACGCCUUCAUUCUUCAACAGCAGCACUGCAUCAGCCACUAGUCACUAGCAAGCACUCAACAGCUAGCAGCAGCCCUUCGAGCAAAUCAGCAGAAGCAUCAUCAAAGCAAUCAGCAGCAACAAGCCAACAUCAACCAUCAUCACAAGAAUACUAGUGAGAAUGAGUUUCACCGACCGUCUCGAUCUCGACAUACACCUCUGCACGCCGCACCCCGUUGCCAGAUAGGAACUGUAUCAUCAUGUUCACCGCGUCAUCAUCAUUUAUGACAACUUCUUCGUACAUAACUCUGCUAACACUCAUGUUCGGAUACCGAUAAGUAAUUUGACCAACUCUCAUAUGUCCGCCCAUACAAAUCCUUUCUGCACAAAUGUUACAGAGUUCUUCCCACGUGAAUAUCUAUUCAAAUUUUAGCAUAGUGGAUUGGCCAUCUUCAUAAUCGAUUCCAAUGUCCGAAUUUGUUACCCGACCGCCCCACCGAAUAAUAGGGGUGGCUAUUUGGACCGGGACCGGAUUAAAAACCGGAAACCGGACCGUAUAACCCGGACCGAGAUCGGACCGGGACCGGAUAGUAAACAAUCCAAUCCAAUCUUUGAGCUUAGAUUUGAGGUAAAAAACCGGAUAAAGACCGGAUAAGAGAGCUCAACACCCAAAACUUAAGGGUAAUUUGCAUAAACGGUCACAAACCUUUGCACUUAGUACAAAACUUAACCAACUCCUCACCCUUUAAGGCCUUAGGCCACUCAAAUCCCACAAUAUCAAUGUAAAAUCAAGACUGAAUUGGGACCGGACCGGAUCAAAACCGGACCGGAUCAAGAUCGGACUGUAUCCAAUCCAAUCUUCGGUCCUUAUAUUUUCAAAAAGACCGGACUGGACCGGAUCAAUUUGGGCCAAUUUAACCGGACCGGACUGUAUAGCCACCCCUACCAAAUAAUAAGCCGAAACUUCUUAAAUACUCAUGUCUGUAAUUUAUAAUAAUUAAAUAUUAGCUAAACUCGAAUAAGAUUAGUAUAAUAUAAUUAGUACUUAGGGCUACGAAAAUAAUAUCAUCCAAACCCAUAAAUAACCGCAACUAACUAAUCUAACAUGAGAAUACUAAAUAAAUUCAUCUAAAUUAAUAACUAACUAACAUUAAUCAUACCAUAAUUAAUAAAAAUAAAUUCACUAAAUACAGAUAUAUAAUUAUUAACACAACUAAAUCUAAACAAUUCAUAUUAAUAACAUACCGAAAAUUGAGUUUCUGUAACUGUAGUUGCUGGAAGCGAGCGGGAAAGGGGUUUUUUGCGGGUAUGAUGAGUUGAAUGUGGAAGAUUUUGAGGCAGGAAAGUGAGAGAUGGGUUAUUUAUACGGAAAUCAAAUGGACUGAUCAUCGCAAUUGACAACAGCGGUGAAUGUUAGGUCGUUGUGACCAAAUUUUCUACCUACCAGGGCGGGAAAACGUGGUAAAUAAUCACUGUUUUGAAGAAAAGCGGUGAGAUGUU